AGGGGCUUCCAGAAAGAGCCUGCGGCAGCGACCCCACUCGGCUCUCCCCGCAGGAGCGCGGGCACCUGCGCGGCGCCGGGUGAAGGCGAGCGCCUCGGCGAGCCCUCUGCAGCGGAGCCCCCUGCCCAUUUGGUUUUGGAACCACUGGGAGGAACUGGGCCAUUCUACUACCUGUUGCUACCAUGCUGGCCACCCGCCUCUCCAGACCCCUGUCACGGCUCCCAGGAAAAACCCUAAGUGCCUGUGAUAGAGAAAAUGGAGCAAGACGCCCACUAUUGCUUGGUUCUACUUCCUUUAUCCCGACUGGCCGUCGGACUUAUGCCGGUGCAGUGGAGCCGGUUGGCAGCAAAGCUGUCCUGGUCACAGGCUGUGACUCUGGAUUUGGGUUCUCGUUGGCCAAGCAUCUACAUUCAAAAGGCUUCCUUGUGUUUGCUGGCUGCUUGAUGAAGGACAAAGGCCAUGAUGGGGUCAAGGAGCUGGACAGCCUAAACAGUGACCGACUGAGAACCGUCCAGCUCAACGUCUGCAGCAGCGAAGAGGUGGAGAAAGUGGUGGAGAUCGUCCGCUCGAGCCUGAAGGACCCUGAGAAAGGGAUGUGGGGCCUCGUUAACAACGCCGGCAUCUCCACGUUCGGGGAGGUGGAGUUCACCAGCAUGGAGACCUACAAGGAGGUGGCAGAGGUGAACCUGUGGGGCACAGUGCGGAUGACGAAAUCCUUUCUCCCCCUCAUCCGAAGGGCCAAAGGGCCAUCUGAGGGCUCCCUCCCAGCUGCAGCCCCAGGCCGCGUCGUCAAUAUCAGCAGCAUGCUGGGCCGCAUGGCCAACCCGGCCCGCUCCCCAUACUGCAUCACCAAGUUCGGGGUAGAGGCUUUCUCGGACUGCCUGCGCUAUGAGAUGCACUCCCUGGGUGUGAAGGUCAGUGUGGUGGAGCCCGGCAACUUCAUCGUUGCCACCAGCCUCUACAGCCCCGAGAGCAUUCAGGCCAUCGCCAAGAAGAUGUGGGACGAGCUGCCUGAGGUCGUGCGCAAGGACUACGGCAAGAAGUACUUUGAUGAAAAGAUCGCCAAGAUGGAGACCUACUGCAGCAGUGGCUCCACAGACACGUCCCCUGUCAUGGAUGCCGUCACACACGCCCUGACCGCCACCACCCCCUACACCCGCUACCACCCCAUGGACUACUACUGGUGGCUGCGAAUGCAGAUCAUGACCCACUUGCCUGGAGCCAUCUCCGACAUGAUCUACAUCCGCUGAAGAGUCUCUGUGGCCUCUGUCAGGGAUCCCUGGUGGAAGGGGAGGGGAGGGAGGAACCCACAUAGUCAACUCUUGAUUAUCCACGUGUGGAUUAUCCACCACUCCAGGAAGACCCAUGACUGGUUUUAACAUUAACCAAAGGGAAUAACCCAACCUGACUUGUUUGCAUAGUGAGUGACUUGGGCCUUCACAAGCAGGGUGUGGAGUGGCAGGCCGGGGCCCCUAAAUCUCAGGGCAAACAUGGUGAAUCUGUCUCUCUGGAGAUCAUUUCAUACAGCGAUUUCGAGAAAAGAUCUGUAUAUUAAAAACAGAUUUAUUAUAGAAUGGAAUCAAAA